AUGUUUUGUUUGUCUGGUGUUUUGGUUUCCCUCUUGGCGCAUUUAUUCCCCAGAAAGCCAAAGGAUGUGAUAACCAAACAGCAAUGAAAGAAAAGCGACGGACAAAACAAGACAUCGGUGACUGGGUACACAAGCAAAAAGUUUAAAAACAAUUUAAUUAAAAUGAAAACACUAUGCUGCUGCUAA